AUGAUUCAGACCAAUUGGUUCGGCAGCGGCUUCAAGCUGCGAGUCGCCAUCACAGUCGCCUGUCAAAUGGCAUUCGUACUUUUCGGCUACGAUCAAGGUGUAUUCUCUGGCAUUGUUGGGAAUGAGGACUGGCUCGAGACCUUUGGGUACCCAGGCAGCGCCCUCGAAGGCAUCAUCGUCUCCAUCUACAACCUGGGCGCCUUCUCGGGCUGCAUCCUGGCCUUCAUCAUCUGCGAGAAGACUGGGAGACGGCUUGCCAUGUGGAUAGCAAUGUCCUUCAUUAUAGUCGGAGCUGCCCUUCAAGCCUCAGCGUUUACCAUCCCACAUAUGAUGAUAGCGCGAUACAUCACUGGCAUCGGCACCGGGAUCGAGACCAGUACGGUGCCAAUGUACCAGUCCGAGCUGUGCGAGGCAUCUAAAAGAGGCCGCCUGGUCUCUUCUGAGCCGUUGUUUGUGGGUGUCGGGAUCGAAAUUGCGUAUUGGUUCGACUACGGCAUGAGCUUUGUGUUGAGCCCCGCCUCUGUCGCCUGGAGGCUACCGAUCGCAUGUCAGAUGAUAUUUGCAUUUGUCGUCAUCAUUCUGGUAUUUGGCCUACCUGAAUCCCCACGCUAUCUUUAUGCCAUGGGAAGACACGACGAGGCCCUGGCCGUCCUUUGCAAGGUGUACGAGAAGCCCCCCGACGACCCCAAGAUCGUCAAAGAACGACAAGAGAUUUUGGAGGUUCUUAACAUGGAAAAGGGUCAAGGCGAGUAUCGAUGGUCGCAGCUCUUCAAGCGCGACGAGGUGCAGACUGGACGAAGGGUCCUGCUCGCCUACGGCAUGCAAUUUAUGAACCAGAUGGGCGGCAUCAACCUGGUCGUCUACUACAUCACCUCAGUAUUGCAGUACAACGUCGGCCUCUCGAGAAACCUGUCUCUCCUCCUGGGCGGCGUGAUCAAUGCCAUGUUCUUCAUAGGGUCUCUGUUCCCGACCUUUUUUCUGGAUCGAUAUGGUCGACGAAAACCAAUGAUGUGGGGCUCAUUUGGCUUGGGUGUUUGCAUGAUGAUGAUUGCUAUCCUGCUCAGCUUCCAGGACCAGGGAGGGCAGAUAGCCAAGAACACGUCUUCGGCCAGCGUUGCUUUCUUCUUCCUCUACAUGCUCAUCUUCGGCGGAACCGCAAACUGCAUCCCCUGGGUAUACGUGCCCGAGAUUCUUCCUCUCCACGUGCGCGCCAAGGGCACCGCUGUCGGCAUCUCCAGCAACUGGCUUUGGAACUUCUUCGUCGUCAUGGUCACCCCGACACUCCUGACCAACCUGAAGUGGAAGGGCUACCUCAUCUUCAUGUGCCUCAACUUCACGUUCGUGCCCCUCGUGUACUUUUGCUACCCGGAGACUAGCAAUCUCACGCUGGAGGAGAUCGACUGGUUGUUCCUGGAGAAGCAUGCCGUCAAGACUAUGGGGAUGUGGUUGAGAUGA